CUAAACAACGUGGCAGUUCGACCCGCAAUUAACACGUGUAUCUGCGGAAACGAAAUGUACAGGAAGAGUAUAACAUUUUUCACACAAGCAAAUGUCAACGAGUACCACAUGGUGAAACAGCAUUUAGUUAAAGCAUAUGAAAGCUAUGAUGGAUUCGGUCAAAUCAGAGGAAGCUAGGGGUGAGAAAGUCCCUAUUCUCGGAAAGAAGGAUUCGGGAUGUUGUUCUACAGGAAUCCCGGCGAGGUACGCCAUGACAUGGUGGAGUUUCCUCGGUAUUUUCAACGUGUAUACCAUGCGGGUGAACUUAAGUGUCGCCAUGGUUGCCAUGGUGAGAAAGACAUUCCAUCCUGACCUUCCAUCAGAAGGAGGGCUAGAAGUCGCCUGCCCCAACCUUCUCGAGUCACGACAAAGUGUAAACUAUUCCAGUGUAAUACUAUCGUCUACUUCCACUUAUGGUGAAUUCGACUGGGAUUCUGACACUCAAGGACUGAUUUUGGGCUCCUUUUUCUACGGUAACAUAAUUACGCAAAUACCUGGAGGAAUGGCUGCUGAGAAAUGGGGAGCAAAGUGGUUGUUCGGAAUAGGGGUUCUCGUCACUGCCAUCUUCACUCUGCUCACUCCUUUGGCAGCUCGAUGGAAUGUCUACGCCCUCAUAGCCGCGAGAAUCAUGGAGGGGCUUGGAGAGGGGGUUACAUAUCCAGCCAUGAAUGCCUUCCUAGGUCGCUGGGCUCCCAAAUACGAGCGAAGUCUUCUUUCCAGCUUAGUCUACAGUGGUGGACCUUUAGGGACAGUAGUUGCCCUUUCUCUCUCUGGUUAUCUAAGCUCUUCGAGUUUCUUAGGCGGUUGGCCUUCUGUCUUUUAUGUGUUUGGCGCCCUUGGAUGCGUGUGGUUUGUUUUCUGGAUCAUCUUUGCAUACGAAAGCCCUGAUCAACAUCCUCACAUAUCAAAGGCAGAGCUGAACUACAUUCGAUGUGGACAGGACAGACAGGAAGGUGUGAGAGCACCAGUUCCUUGGAGAUCCAUCUUACUAUCUGGACCUGUAUGGGCUCUGGCCAUCACCCACUUUGGAAACAGCUGGGGCUUUUACACCCUCCUCACGGAGCUCCCUACUUACCUCUCAAACAUCUUGCAUUUUCAUCUGAAAAAGAAUGGAGUUCUUUCUGCUCUUCCUUAUUUGACGAAAGCAGUUUUCGCAGUCCUCGCUAGCAUAGCAGCUGACAAAUUGAGAGCCAAGUCCAAUCUGCGCAUCACCACCAUCCGAAGAAUCAUCAAUUCUAUUGCACUCUAUGGUCCCGGCGUAGGUAUACUGGCUGUAGCAUUUGUGGGUUGCAACCCGGUAGUCAUUGUGGUUCUGCUUACCCUCUCUGUGGGUUUCAACGGGUUCAUAUAUUCAGGGUUCAACGUCACCCACGUUGACAUGAGUCCAGAAUUUGCAGGAACUUUGAUGGGAAUUACGAACUGCUUGGCGAACAUGUCUGGCUUUUUGGCGCCUGCUUUUGUGGGAUGGGCUGUCAGAGAUGGACAGACACUGAAAAACUGGGGCAUCGUUUUUGUGACCACAUCUGCCAUAUACUUUUUCACUGGAAGCAUCUUCAACCUCUUUGGAUCCGCUGAACUACAGCCGUGGGGAGCUCCGACCAAAGACUUCGGAUCUGGAAUAGUUGUCCGAAAACCCGAAAAGAAAGAGACUGGAAAAACGAAACGGAGAUCAUACCCAUAGAACAUCUUGGCUGCAUUUUCC